AUGGAAGAGGCGGAGUCCACGUCCUAUACAACACUCACGGAUACUCAAGGUCAAGACAUGAGAAACGAAAUGAAAUGGCUGACCGCCAGCAAUGCGCUAGCGCUAGCGCUAACGUUAGCACUCACCCCUCCCCUCCUAGGUCGCGUUCUCCACCUCAGUGUGCUCGACGUCGUCUCGUACCAUACUGCGCCAACUGCCAAUUUACAUAGUUUUGAGAUUGUGAAUUCGCAUAUAAGACAGCUGGCAGAUGUGGUACGCGAGUCACCUGGGUGGAGUGGAUGGAUUUUUAAAAGGAGAUUUGAGGGAUAUAUUGGGAAAUAUUUGGGAUCAGCAGAAAAUUCUGUCGGUUGCAAAAGGACAUCCUAUCUUUAG